AUGUACAUCUCUGAGGAAUGGUUGGCGCUAGAGAAAGAGGUGCUUGGCCGUCGCCCUCUCAUUAGCGGUUCGGUGGAUGAAGUGCGCGCGGCAUACCAGGAGACAUCCGAGAUGCUGGCCCAGCUCUAUCCCGCUAUAGAUUCAUAUCAAGUUGUUGAUCGCAAAGAAGUCACAGACUCGGGCAUCGCAAUACGCGUCUAUAACCCAUCCAAGAUUGAAUCGGGGGCCAAACUACCUGUGGGAGUUUUGUCAGUCCAUCCAUCCUCGUAA